AAUAUUUUUUUUUUAUUUUUGCAAAAACAAACAAACAAACAAAAAAACCGAAGCCAUCUUUGCGUCAAAUCAUCAAAGAACGUAAUAACCAUGAACCACUAUGCACAAUUCUCGCGGUCUUUCCACAUGAAAACGCACAAGUUUGCCUUUCUGCCGAGAAAGUAAAAGCUCUGCUUCUCCUGACGUAACGUCAAGGCGAGAACGUGUUGUUUCCGCAGAGCUGAGACAUUCACUUUAUGCAAGCCUCCACCUGACCGGACACCCGUGCACAGCUCAGCACUGAGAAGAAGCAGCACCUGAGUCCCACAGGAAUUUGUUACGUGACACCAGAAGAACAGGUGUAACAGGUGAACAGGAACCAUGUCUGCUGUCUACCUUCUCCUCCUGCUGGUCCCCACAAUCUCGGCUCAGACUUUUCGCUUUGGUGCCUGCCCUACUCCGAAGGUGCAGUCUAACUUCAGCCUUCAGCUGUACCUGGAUAAGUGGUAUGAGAUUGAGAAGCUGCCCGCUUCUUUUGCCAGAGGACAGUGCAUUGAAGCGAAUUAUUCCGUAAGGAAAGAUGGGACCAUCCGAGUGUUGAACUCUCAGGUUGUGGGUGGUAAAAGGGAGUUUUUAGAAGGGACAGCUGUGGUUCCAGACCCACAAGAACCAGCUAAGCUUGCAGUCGCCUUCUCAUAUUUUACACCCUAUAGCCCAUACUGGGUGCUGGAGACAAACUACACCAACUACACCAUUGUGUACUCCUGCACAGACAUUCUGCGCAUAUUCCAUGUUUACUACGCCUGGAUUCUCGCACGGUCACCCUCCCUGCCUCCAGAGACGGUGCAUUAUGCCAAACAGUUGCUAACUGAUAAAGGAAUCAAUAUUUCCAAGAUGACUCCCACAUAUCAGAACUGUGGAAAUAUUUAGGAACCGACAGAGAGGUUCAUUCAUUAAAGAGUUUUUCUGUUUAUAGAACUAAUUAUUUAUCAUACCAGCCAUGAAAUCACAAAAUGUUUGUUACAUUGUUGUUUCCUUUUAUUUAAUUGAUUUCUUUUUUCAUUGUUGUUUUCAUCAUUUUAUAUUUUUCAUUUGAUUACAAAGUGAAUUGAUUAAAGUAAUAUUUUGAGAUAAAGUUCAUUUGAGAAUUCAAAAAUUUAUAUAGUACAUAUUCUUAAAAAGAAUAAAAUACUACAUCAGUAAAAAGUGAUUGUUUUGCAUACUAAUUAGUCAGUGAAAAUAGCAACAUUGUUUUAUCUAAAGUGCAUCUUUUAUUAUUUGCAACAAUGAGCAAAUCAAGCUGUUCUUGGUGAUGGACCAAAAAAGAAACUGUGGAACUGUUCUACUUAAAUUAGAGCUACUUUUUUCAUUUGAACUGGAAAUAAUCCAUUGAACAUACAGUCGUGACUCACAGCGAUGUAAUAAAUCUUUCUCUGUGCAACUUUAAAUACUGAUGAAAUUAAUCAGAAUUCACUGAUGAGUGGGUGACAACAUCAACACUGUGCAGUGAAAAAGAAGGUGAAAAACCAAGUGUACUCCUACGGUGACUUACUGUACUCUUACAGGGUCUUCUCAGGGGUGGCAAAUUCACUCCAAAGCCAGACUGUGCAUUGCUCAGAGAAACUGCAAAAAACCCAAGAGCUACAAUUCAAAUUCUACGGGCCGCUUGUUGUCGCGUCGUUAGCGUCCACACCCUCAUUCUGUACUGUGUGUUUUGUCUGCCAGCCUGUCUGUUUAGUUUAUGGUAUUUUCAGUUUAGUUAUGGUAUUCAGCAAUAAAGCUGCUUCUAGUCUA